ACGGGGAACCCACAUGCAUCCCCCCUACCAGCGUGCUCAAACUUCGCUGGCAAAGCGGCUGCCAACAGCACAAACAGCAGACGAGCAGCCUAAAAUAGCAGAUUUAAACCGUUGCCGUUAGCCGGGACGCCUCCUGAGAGUCCCUGUGGUUCAAGACUCCCAGUGAGCGCUCAGAGGACACAUGCUGCCCUGAAAGGGGGGGCGUUCAAGCAAACUGACCCCAGGGGUUAAGCAGAAUCAGGUUCUGUGGGACUUUGUGGAGGAGGGGAGGAGGCAACAGGCAGCAGUUGGUGGGAGGUGGGAGGCCGCGGUGGGGCUCCUGCACUGCUCAGGAAGGAGACGAAGCAGUAGCAGGGAAGCGGGGAGAGAGGAGGAGAUGGCCACGGGAGAAAUCACCACACUUCCCGCCACACCUGAAGACGGCGGCAGCGGUGGUUUUCCUCCGGGAAACUUCAAGGAUCCCAAAAGGCUGUAUUGUAAAAACGGGGGCUACUUCUUGAGGAUAAACUCUGACGGCAGGGUGGAUGGAAUCCGGGAGAAGAACGACCCCCACAUAAAGCUCCAGCUCCAGGCGACCUCGGUGGGGGAGGUGGUCAUCAAGGGAGUCUCUGCCAACCGCUACCUGGCCAUGAGCAGAGACGGACGCCUGUUUGGAGCGAGACGAGUAACGGAGGAAUGCUACUUCAUGGAGCGGCUGGAGAGCAACAACUACAACACCUACCGCUCCAGGAAGUACCCGGACAUGUACGUGGCGCUGAAGCGGACUGGCCAGUACAAGUCCGGAAACAAAACUGGACCGGGUCAGAAGGCCAUUCUUUUCCUCCCAAUGUCCACCAAGUGCUAAUCUGGGAACCGCUCCGGAUUUAACGUUUCAAGGGCAGAAAGAUCGAGACGGAGGGGGAGGAGGAGAGACACGCAAGAUGUGACAGAGGCAAUGGCGACAAAGGGUUCCUUCGACAUUGCCCCAAAAAAUGGCUGUGAUGCUUUCAACCGUGAUUUUAUUCUAUUUUAUUGUGUUUUUUUUUUUGUUUUGUUUAUUUUCCGAGUUUUGCUGAGGGGAGGUUUCCUGAACACUUUCAAACAGAGGAGGAGCUGCCCAUUCAAACCAGUCGGUCCAAUGACCACAGAGCGUCGCUUCCCCACACAGAUUUUCCUCGCUGGCACAGGGAUUCAAACCAGCAACCUUCUGUUCAUGUCUCCUUGUGGACAUGAGCCUCAGUUUACCACCAUGUGAGCGGCAGGAACGUGCGUUGUUUCAAGAAAACCUCGAGGAAAACCUCGUGAUAAAAGAUGUACGUGAUUCAGGCAACUCGGGUCCACAAAAAAAAAAAAUGUAGAACAGGAUUGAUCAAAAGAAAUAAGUCACUGCAAACAAAGAGUAUCAAUAAAUCUUUUUUAGGAUUUUUGUGCCUGUGACACACAAAUUUAGUUUGGCAAAAUAAAAUCAAAAUCAAAUGCACACUACAGUAUAUUUCUCACACAUUAUUCUCACACUGCUCAGCAUCUGAUUGGUUGUUUCUAGUCAACAUCUCGGAAAUGUCGCGCCGGACCGGAGCAAAAGAGGUCGAGCUGGAUGUUUUCAAUAUGAGGCGAUGAUGGUGAAGGACAGUUAAAUUUCAAAUGUUAGUUUAGGGCCGUUGCUGGAUGGUGACCUUUGAAAUCUGGCAAAUCUCCCAGCAACCACGUCGGAGCCGCCAUGGAGGUCCGUCGGCACGCUGGCUGCACAUAAACGUCUGAUGCUGGACUCAAUUUGAUGUUGGAGUUCCUCAUUGCAAAGUUUAACCCUUGAUGUCGUAACAACAUGAACAACAUCAACGGUAAAAAUGACGGUAUCUUUGAACACAUGUAUGUCGAUAAUGAUGAACUCCAAAUAUCUGAACUCCCUCAUCGAAAGCAGCAGAAUUACAAAACAACCUGAGAUACCUGAAACGGUUAUUACAGUGUGGGUGUAAGUCGAUAAAAGUGAGUCAAAAGUUCGAUUUGUUUCCUCAAAAUUUACCUGUCUCUUGUCUUCAGCUGUAGUCUUUUCUCCAAAAAACUUAGUUAUAGUUAUAGUUUAAAGGCCAGUUCAGGUAACAAACAACUGUUUUUUGAGGUUAGCUAGCAUACUCCCUGGCAGGUUAAAUUACUGAGGCAACAGACUUCUUUUAAAAACUUUAAAAACGCUGGUAACACUUUACAAUAAGAGUACAACAAUUAAUGUUAGUUAACGUUAGUUAAUGCCGUAAUGGUUAAUUAAUGACUAUUAUGUCAUUUACUAAUGUUACAAUAACCCUUAAAUAACAUAAAUUAAUACCUUAGCAUGAGCAGCAUUAGUACAUGAUUCUUAGACACAUUAGCUAACGGUUAGUUAACUGUUACUUCAUGUUUAUUACCUGUUACUUCAUGUUUAUUACGGCAUUAACUAACGUUAAUUGUUGUACUCUUAUUGUAAAAGUGUUACCAAAAUGCUGCUAGCAAACACUAAAACCAGCUUCUAGGUAACAUCAGCUAGAGUGAGUCCGAUGUGUUUACAAGACAAUGACCGGAUACUAUGGUUAGCUAGCCAACAAGCUGACAUUAUCUAAGAACAAAAUGACCCUGUCAAAAAACAAAACAAUGCGUGCAAAAAAAAAAAAAAGUGCGGUACGGUACUUUUAGAAACACGAUGAGCUGCUAACAUCGAGAGCAGAGGACCUCCAACAUGGCUGCCACUGAAAAGCACUUUGUUGCUCAUUUUGUUAAACAAACUACGCGGAGAUAAAGUCAGGCGGGUUCACCAGAAAACGCCAUCACAUUGGACACGUUCCAGACCGACUCUUCUGCAAAGCCACAGCGUUCACGUGCUUUUAAUGAGUUUUUUACCUGGUUAAAUAAAGGAUAUUAUUUAAAAGGUCACGGCGUUUGUAGAACCCGUUCCUUUUCCAGCGACCGUUCUUGCCUGAAUCACAUCGCAAACAGACGUCCAGUCAUCAAAAAACACUUCAAGUAUGUGUCAUUUUAGCAACCGUGUCUUAACGCAGCUCGCCAUGAUAUGCUGACCCGCUCAGCGCCGACGGUGGCGGUCGGUCCACGCCGGCUCGGUUUGAAGGCUACAGCGAGGGUUUCUGUGGCGGGGGAAGCUGCCGGUGGUACAGCUGGUAGAACAUGCCGGAGUAGACGGCGGGAAGCUCCUCCAUGGCGAGGUCGAUGCUGUCGAAGCCGUGCUCCAGGCCGUGCAGCAGGAGCCUGGCGACGCGGGCGGUGAUGGGCGUGGUCUGGCUGGUGGCGGCCAGCUCGGCGAGGGGCAGCCACUCGCAGCGCAGACACUCCUGGGUGCAGAAGUUGAUGUGGUAGCUGAGCGGGCUGAGCCGGCAGAUGAUGUACAUGUCGGACAUGCCGAAGGCGCCGGGGUGGUUGUGCUGCUGCCGGACGCUGAGGAGGGACCUGAACUCCGAGUGAACGCCGGUCUCCUCGAAGACCUCGCGAACCGCCGUCGCACCUGAGAGAAAAAAAAAAAAAAAUCACAAGAAAACAAAAAAAUGUGUAAGGAGGCGUUGAAAAGUUCCUGGAAAAAGGGGG